AUGACGACCGUCGCGGUCGCGGUAGGCGUCUCGAGUUGGCGUCUCGCGACUUCGUUCUCACAGAGUGGUGACGGAAACGCCGACAACUCAGCUCAGCGCGUGGUUCGUUCGCUGCGGUUAUCCAGAAUCCCCGCGGCCGCCAUCACUCGCGCGCGCGCCCGCGACGGACCGGAAACGAUGACCGUCGCCGCCGCGCCCUCCGCGGCGUUAUCGUCGCGAUGCUACCACCGCGCGUCCAUCGCGAGCGCGCGUCGCGGCGCGCUCCCCGCCGCCGCCUCGGCGCCGCGCGUCUUCGGACCUCAUCAUUCUAAACGUCGCGGCGUUCGUCGAGACGAUAAUAAUGCGAAGACGACGACGACCGUCGUCGCCCGCGCGGUCGACGCGGCGACGAUCGCGAGCCUGGAGACGCUCCUGCCCUCAAAUCGCCAACCUCGCGCGCGUACGCCGCUCAUGGCGGGCAACUGGAAGAUGAACCCGAAGACGCUCAGGGAGGCGGAAUCCCUCGCCGCGCUCGUCGCCGCCGCGGACCGCGCGCAGGGCGGAUCCGCGACGCGCGGGUGCGACGUCCUCGUGUGCCCGCCCGCGCCGUUCCUCCCCGCGGUCGCGGCCGUCCUCGCCGGCAGCAGCGUGAAGCUCGGCGCGCAGAACGUCUCGCACGAGCCAUCGGGCGCGUUCACAGGCGAGAUGUCGCUCGCGCAAGCUGUCAGCGUCGGAUGCGACUUCGCGCUCGUCGGGCACUCGGAGCGCAGAGAAUUAUUCCACGAGACGGACGUGCUCGUCGGCGACAAGACGCGCGCGAUCCUCGACGCCGGGCUCGCGCCCGUGAUCUGCGUCGGCGAGAGCAAGGCGCAGUACGACGCCGGGCUCGUGAGGGACGUCUGCGCGACGCAGCUCCACGGCGCGCUGCGCGACGUGUCGACGGAAGAGCUGGAGCGAGGAAAGAUUGUCAUCGCGUACGAACCCGUGUGGGCCAUCGGCACGGGCCUCACCGCGACGCCGGCCAUCGCGCAGAGCGUCCACGCGUUCAUUCGCGGCUGGAUCGAGGACGCGCACGGGCCUAUGGCCGCGGCGGCGACGCGGAUUCAGUACGGCGGGAGCGUCAAGCCGGACAGCGUGGAUGAGCUCAUGCGUUGCCCGGACGUCGACGGGUGCCUCGUCGGCGGCGCGUCUCUCAACGCGGAUCACUUUUCUCGAAUCUUCGGAUUCGACGACGCGCCGUCCGGCCCGACAAAGCUGUGGGCGACGGAGGUGGUGACGUGUCGCAACGAGCUCGGCGAGAGCCCGGUGUGGGACGCGGAGACGGAGACGCUGUAUUGGGUCGACGCCCCGGGGAAGGCGGUGUGGUCGUGGAACGUCGGCGCGUCCGGCGCGCCCGUCAAGCACGAGAUCGGCGAGGUCGUCGGCUUCGUCGCGCUGAAACGCGGCGGGGGGUUACUCCUCGGUUUGGACGUCAGCGGGAUAUGCGCGUACGACCCGAGGACGCGCGUCAUCGAGCCGCUGUGCGCGUUCGAGCCGGGGUUGAACACGCGGCCGAACGACGCGCGGACGGAUCGCCGCGGCAACUUGAUCGUGGGGUCGUACAACGGCAACCACCGCGGCGACGGCGGCGCCAUCGGCGGCGUGUAUCGACUCGCUGCGGAGUCCCCGCGCGCGCUGACGGAGGUGCUCGACUAUAAGAUCCGCGUGAGCAACGCGACGUGUUUCACGCCCGACGGGAAGAUCAUGUUCUUCUGCGAUUCCCCGACGCGCGCGGUGUACGCGUUUCAGUACGACCCCGCGAACGGUCCGGCGCCGGGCACUCGAAAGCUCGUGUACGAGAUGCCGAACGAGCUCGACGGCGUCCCCGACGGCGCGCAGUGCGACGCCGACGGCUGCCUGUGGAUCGCGCUCUCCGGCGCGUCCAAGUGCGUGCGCGUGAACCGCGACGGCGUCGUGGAUCACGAGAUCGAGCUUCCCGUGAAGUCGCCGACGUCCAUCACGUUCGGCGGCGGCGGGCUGGACACCAUCUUCGUCACGACGCGCGGGCCGGACGGCGGCGGGCUCUACGCGGUGCGCGCGCCGUACGGCGUGCGCGGCGUGCGCGAGGUGGCCUUCGCGGACGCGUCGCCGGUGAAUGCGCGCGAGGGCGCGAGGGAGGGGUUCGGGAUGGCGCGCGUCGCGCUCGGGGCGGACGUUCGGGACGUCGCGAACGCGAUGACGGAGGGAGGGCGGGCGCGGCGGGCUUGGGGGGCGGAUCGAAGCGUCGCGGCGCCGGUGGGCGUCGACGCGGAGCCGCAGCCGUUCUGCGGGCGCUGCGGCGCGCGGUUUAAGGACGGGGACGCCAAGUUUUGCAGCGAGUGCGGCAGCGCGCGCGGGUACGUGGUGCUGCGCGAUGAGGAGUGA